AUGGGCCCUCAAGUCAUCCACCUGCCCGACGGGCAAAACAUCACCGUCACCCCCGUCUUCGCCGGCCUCUUCUUCAAGUCGAACGAUCUCAGCACCCACCAAAAUGCCUUCCCAAUUGGCUGGACGAUCGUUAUCCACACCGAAGACGGCGACGGCGACGGCGACAGCGACGGCAGCAAUGGCGGCGGCGCAUUGGAUGCCGGCAGCUCGACCCCCAAAGACGAGGCAAAGCCACAUCUCCACUCCUUCACGAAGCCGACGCUGCAGCACGACAGCCUCUUCAUCUCGUCUAUCUCGAACCCCUCGAGCCAAGACUUCAAGCCGGCCGCGAGCCCGACGCGCCAGGUCGCCAUGAUGCUCUGGGUCACGCUGUAUUGGUACUUCCACCAGCCCGCCCCGCCUACCACGCUGGUGACGGAGAGCUCGAAGCUCACCCCCGAGGCUGGCCGCCCGCGGGGCGACUGGCGAGUGCGCGUUAAGAGGGACGGAGUGCUUCGCGGGAGGAACCUGAUACCGAAGCUGGAGCGCAUGGGCCUGAUAUCGAGCCUCGACUCGGCCGUGGGCACAGCCCUCGAGGACAGCGACGAGACGUGGGCGCAUAUGUUUGUCUCGCAAAAGAUGUUUUGGCAGACGCCGGGACGGCUGUUCCUGUUCACCCUCCAGCCCAAUUACAAGAACACGCGCUCGUAUCCGGGCUCGCCCGCCGGGAGUCGCCCCGGCUCUCCGGCCGUAGGCGAGCAGACGCUUGGACAGUCCCAGCUUUACAUAUCCCACGUCUCCGACUACACUGUCACGGACCAGGUGCGCCAUCCCGUCCGGCCGAAACCGCCGCGCAUGGGUGAGGUCUUCUACACGCGCUUUGUUCCUUCCGUGGGGCAGUAUCUCUCGCUCCGCGUGGCGUCUCUGUCCCCGAAGCCCGUCCCGUACAUGGGCCCGGUCAGUCAGAAACCGCCCCAGCACGCGCAUCUUGGCGGGCUCAGCGACACCGGUCUGCUGGAGCUGUGGCACGCGAACCCGCGCGUCUCGGCCUUCUGGGGCAAGUUUGUGCCCGACUUUCUGAUCAGCGCCAUGAAGAGCCGCCACAGCUUCCCCGUCAUUGGCAUGUGGGACGGCGUGCCGUUUGGCUACUUUGAGCUGUACUGGGUCAAGGAAGACAUCCUGGGCCGCUACAUUGGCAGAGAGGCAGACGACUGGGACCGGGGGUGCCACGUGCUGAUCGGCGAGGAGUGGGCGCGCGGCCGCGUGCAGAGCUGGCUGACCAGCCUGGUACACUGGGCUUUGUGUGCCGAUAAUAGGACCAUGAGUGUGUGUCUGGAGCCGAGGGUAGACAACGCCAGAUUCAUCCAGCACGUCGAGUACGCCGGAUUUACCAAGGAGAUGGAGAUUGCGUUUCCACACAAGCAAGCAUGGUUCGGCCGGCUGAGGCGGGAGACCUGGAACGGCCCUGCCUUGUGA